GAGUAAGUGGUGGUCAAACAAAAACAUGGCCUCAUCAAUCCAUGAAAUCCCUGACAGUUAAACUGAGUCAGGUAGGGAGAUGCAGACUUCCGGGUUGGGGCCCUCGGGACUCUAAGAAUCAAUGGCUGGAGACAGACAAUAGGUGACAUGGCUCAAAAUCGUUGUCAAUGGCUUACGCAGAUGUAUUCAGUCUCUGUAAUCUUUCAUAUUCCUUUCUACCAUUACUCAUUGUGUUUCACUCCUAUACUUGUCAAAACUCUAUUGAUUCUCUUCACUCAUUUUCCUGUCUACGUUUGUGUGCUAUUUGGAACGUGGUAACUCGAAUUGUUGCACGUCGGUGCCAAGUUCUAUGUUAAAUCCAGCCAGCCAGCCAGCCAUGAGGAUUCUGAUGUCACCAUUCGAAAUGUUGUCCAUUACUGUUUGUAGUUGUCUGUAAAAAUCUUCCUUUUUGUCUUGUUCCGCGUUGUUCGUAGCACUGUGCGUAGCAUUGGACAAUUGUGACCUUCCUUCCUUUUGAGUUGAAUCAUGCUGUCAGGAUUAGGCGGGAUGAUUUUGGUUCCCACUGCAUUAGGUAUUUGGUUGGCACUGUUGACAUCAUGAUGGCCACUCAUUGCCUCAUUGUGCUCAUGGUUGUCGUCUGGGUGACCAGACCGUAGUAGAUUACUGACUGUCCAGUUGACAAUUUUGACAAUCCACAUCCAUAUGGGCAUCACCUCACUGGUGUUAUAUCCCUGUUCCCCAGGAGUACGAGUUUGCCCACACACCUCCAGCGUAGUGUAAAAACGAAAUGCUUACACUUUGCCGGUAACUGCUUUUAGUCAAAUCGCUCGCUAUCCUAACAACCUUCCUGGCAUGAUAGGACGUGCAGUAACAAUAGUUCCAGUGUAGCCGGUGUAGCCUGUUGGUUCGUUGCGAUACGCAGGCAGGCUCGACCACCACGUCAAGGUAACAGCCCAACCCUCCCUUUUUACCCGGGCUUGGGACCGGCUAGAGAACUAGCAAGCUAGUUAACUAGGCAAGGUUAAGAAGCCUGAUGAUAAAUGUGAUUCUUUGUUGCUUAUCUAUCAACUAAAGCUGAAAUAUAGAUCCUUAGGCGUUUGGAAUCCGCUAAAGUUAUUAUACAAUGCUUGUUGGUAUAAAUAUAUAUGAUAGCUGUUUGUGAAUAUUGAUUUAUUUUGCGAAUAUGAAUGCUCCUGUUAAUCAGUCUACUGACAGUGAAUAUUUCCCAGUUGUGAUAUCUAAACCUAGACAGUAUGACAAAGUAAUAAUCUGAAUUGGGUCGGGUUCCAAUAGCUUAACAACCGUCUACGAGCUCUUCUCGCAACCAGAAGGUUCGAAUGGGUUGUUGGGUGAGUAUGGAUGGAUAAGGAGUCCCAGACUGGGACAAAACAGCUGUUCAUUACUGUGUCAGGUCUUCCAAUAGUUCUGUAACUGAUGUCAGCUCGUGAUCAGUUUUGUACUGAAUAUAGUAAUACUAUAAUGUAUUGUUUACUAUCAUGGAAAAAUGCAUAUAGUGGGUAAUAUGUGGUGGUAGGCUUAUGCUAAAAACUUUGUGAUCCAUUAUAUGAAAACUAUGAUAUAAUUGUAAAGACUCAAAUGUUUCUGCACACAGAGUCUAUCAAACAGUAUUGUACUAUUCAUGUGACUUAUUUGCAGUAAAUAAAGUAAACGCUAAGAAUAUGGGUUGUGUAUUACUUGUCGUAGCCUCAGUAGUGAAAGUUCCAGGGCCUUUCACAUUUAGAUUUAAAGGGUUGCUGUUUUUCACCCUCAAAAUAAUUCUACUUUUUUUCGUGUGUGUGUGGAAUCUUUCAGAUGAGUAAUCUGCAAUUCGCUUGCAAUGUCUGCAAUGUGCGGUGUGAUACUGAAAAUGUUCUCAGAUUACAUGAACAAGGCAAAAGGCAUCGUUUAAAAUGCCUUAGUUUGCAAAAAUCUAACUCAACAUUACUGGGUGGCGGUGAUUCAAUGAGUAUUUUCUAUCGAUGUGAACAUUGUGAAGCGAUAGUAUUCAGUUCAGCGAUGCAAGAACAUUUAAACUCUGAAGAGCAUAAAUUGGGAAUUGCCAAAAUCCAUGGAAGCUCAGUAAUAGGUUUCGAUCAUAUCCUUCCACUACGGGAAUAUCGUCGCUCGUGUCAAGAAGUUUUGUGUCCUGUAUGGCCUUCAGUGAAAUUUACUGAUGCGGAGGCUAACCUCUUAAUGGAAGCAGCGAAGAAUGAUGAUGAUUGCAUUUUACUCUUGUCAUCAUGUGAUGGUCGAUCACGUGUUGGCUUACAUUUAGCCAAUGCCCUGUUGAUAGCUAAUCGGCAUUUCCCUCCGUCCAAUAAUUUUGGUAGUGCAUUGAAACCGAGUACUAGUACUACUCCUACUGAUAUUACGUGUGUGCUAUGGAUUGCACCUGAGAAACCAAUGACUACAGCUACAAAUCGUUCUACGUUCAUAUUUCAGCCGGGUGGUGAGAAAAGUUCAACUGGGCGUCCAUUGAUUUUUGCAUAUCCACCGUUCGAUCCGUCAGUCCUAUCAGAAACUGAUAUCGUGAGAACAAAUUCAGGUGGCUUUAUAACACAUUUAGCCUGGUUACUUAUGCAACAGAAGUUUUUAUGCGGUAUCAUUAUCGAGGAUGUAGAAAUCGUAUCUAAAGAUGUAGAGUUUUGUCAAUUGCUCACAUGUUUUCUAAAAGUUUACUCUCGUCAGGCUAAUCGCGGUCGAAUAAUUUGUUUCAAUGAAUCAAAAGUUGAACCUGGCAGUAUAUUCUCGUCUUUCGCACAGUACGAGUAA